AGGGGGGUGAAGGGAAAAAAAAAAAAGGCCCGGAGAGGAGUUUCCAAAAACUUCCAAGGAAGUCGCUGCUCCAAGUCCCAGGCGACGGCGGCGGGCAAGAGCGAUGCUGGAGCCUCGGGCGCUCCGGGAACCGACAGCGGCGGCGGCAGAGGGGGCGGCCGCGGGGAUGGCGGCGGCGGGGAGCGCGGCGGCGGCCGGAGCCGGGGUGGCCGAGAAGAAAAAAGACGGCAACGGCAGGAAGGGGAGGAAAGGCAAAGGGCCCGGCAAGAAGCCCGCUCCGCCGGAGGAGGGCGAGGCGCCCGGGUCCGCCACAGCGGUGCCUCCCAAAUUGAAGGAAAUGAAAAACCAAGAGGCUUCUGUGGGUCAGAAGCUAGUGCUAAGGUGUGAAACCACUUCAGAGUACCCUGCGCUCAGAUUCAAGUGGUUGAAGAAUGGAAAGGAAAUAACCAAAAAAAACAGACCAGAAAAUGUCAAGAUCCCCAAAAAACAAAAGAAAUACUCAGAGCUUCACAUUUACAGAGCCACGUUGGCUGACGCUGGGGAAUAUGCAUGCAGAGUGAGCAGCAAACUAGGGAAUGACAGUACUAAAGCCAGUGUUAUCAUCACGGACACCAAUGAGAGCACCAGCAAGAUACCAGUAUCAACAGAAGGGGCAAAAACUUCUUCACAACCCAUGCUUAGGAUACAAACUUCAACAGAAGGAACAAACACUUCCUCCUCCACUUCCACAUCUACAACGGGGACAAGUCAUCUCACGAAAUGUGACGUAAAGCAGAAAGCCUUCUGUGUAAAUGGGGGAGAGUGUUACAUGGUUAAAGACCUUCCAAACCCUCCAAGAUACCUGUGCAGGUGCCCAAAUGAAUUUACUGGUGAUCGCUGCCAAAACUACGUAAUGGCCAGCUUCUACAAGCAUCUUGGGAUUGAAUUUAUGGAAGCUGAGGAACUGUACCAGAAACGGGUGCUGACCAUAACUGGCAUUUGCAUUGCUCUUCUAGUAGUUGGCAUCAUGUGUGUGGUGGCCUACUGCAAAACCAAGAAGCAGAGGAAAAAGUUGCACGAUCGCCUUCGGCAGAGCCUGCGCUCGGAACGGAACAAUGUGAUGAACAUGGCCAAUGGGCCACACCACCCCAACCCACCACCGGAUAACGUCCAGCUGGUGAAUCAGUACGUUUCAAAAAACGUAAUCUCCAGUGAGCGUGUCAUCGAGCGAGAAACAGAGACCUCAUUUUCUACAAGCCACUACACCUCAACAACACAUCACUCCGUGACAGUCACCCAGACACCCAGCCACAGCUGGAGUAAUGGCCACACUGAAAGUAUCCUCUCCGAAAGCCACUCAGUGCUCGUCAGCUCCUCCAUGGAGAACAGCAGGCACACUAGCCCAGCGGGGCCCCGGGGCCGCCUCAAUGGCAUCAGCGGUCCACGGGAAGGCAACAGCUUCCUCCGGCAUGCAAGAGAGACCCCUGACUCCUACCGAGACUCUCCUCACAGUGAAAGGUAUGUCUCAGCUAUGACCACACCAGCUCGCAUGUCACCCGUCGAUUUCCACACUCCAACUUCUCCCAAGUCCCCCCCCUCCAAAAUGUCACCACCGGCUUCCAGCUUGACUGUAUCCAUCCCUUCGGUGGCAGUGAGUCCCUUCAUAGAAGAGGAGCGACCACUUCUCCUGGUGACCCCACCACGGCUACGUGAGAAAUAUGACCACCACCUUCAGCAGUUCAACUCCUUUCACCACAAUCCUGCCCACGAGAGCAACAGCCUGCCACCAAGUCCUCUGCGGAUAGUGGAGGAUGAAGAGUACGAGACCACGCAGGAGUACGAACCAGCACAGGAGCCUCCAAAGAAACUCACCAACAGCCGGAGGGUCAAAAGAACAAAGCCCAAUGGCCACAUUUCCAGCAGGGCGGAAGCGGACUCCGACACGAGCUCUGAGAGCAGCAGCUCUGAGACCGAAACCGAAGACGAAAGAAUAGGCGAGGAUACACCAUUCCUGAGCAUACCGAACCCCAUGGCAACCAGUCUGGAGCCAGCCGCUGCCUACCGGCUGGCUGAGAGUAGGACUAACCCGGCGAAUCGCUUCUCCACACCGGAAGAGUUGCAAGCAAGGUUGUCCAGUGUGAUAGCUAACCAAGACCCUAUUGCUGUAUAAAACAUAAAACACAUAGAGUCACAUGUAAAACUUUAUUUUAUAUAAUGAAGUAUUCCACCUUUAAAUUAAACAAUUUAUUUUAUUUUAGCAAUUCCGCUGAUAGAAAACAGGAGAGGGAAAAAAAAAAAACUUUUAUAAAUUAAAUAUACGUAUGUACAAAUGUGUUAUGUGCCAUAUGUAGCAAUUUUUUACAGUAUUUCAAAAAUGGGGAAAGAUAUCAAUGGUGCCUUUAUGUUAUGUUACGUUGAGAGCAAGUUUUGUACAGUUACAAUGAUUGCUGUCCCAUAGUAUUUUGCAAAACCUCUAGCCCUCAGUUGUCCUGGCUUUUUUGUGCACUGCAUUAUAAUGACUGGAUGUAUGAUUUGCAAGAAUUGCAGAAGUCCCUCUGGUCGCUUGUUGUAGAAUCCCCAGAUCAAAAAGCCCUGUAAUGGCACUCCCACCCUACCAGAAACAUAAACACAAACACAUACUGAAAAAAAAGGGAAAAAAAAAAGCUGAAAGAAAAAAAAUUUUCUUCUAUAAGAAGUUUUAUUUGCUUUCUGUAUAUGAAAUUAGUUUUGUCUGCUCUCUGCCAGCCAAAAGGUUUGCUUCUUUGAGCACUGGGACAAUAGUAGAUCCAACAGCAUGCUACUAUUAAUUACAGCAGGAUAACAAAAAAAGAAAAAAAAAAAAAGCCAACCUGCAUUAAAUAAUGUUACUUAUAGAACAAAAGUAAUACUGUGAUUUUAAACCAAAUAUAUUAUUAAUCAGAGGUCAGCUUGUAAUCACUAGGAGCUGCCAUUUCAUUAUUUUCCAGAUAUUAAUUGUUCUAGUUAUCCCUUAGAAAAUGGGUUUAGGUUAGCUGAGGCUUUGAACCCAAUACUCUAUUUAAAAAAAAAGGAAAAAAAAAAAAGAAAAAAAAAAAGAAAAAAAAAAGAUUUAUAUUAGUUUAAGUUAAUGGGGCAAAUAUAAUAGCAGAUAUCUGUAACCAAGCAAGAAAGAGAUCUAGCUGGAAAACAAAUGCCACUAAAAAAAGUGCAAUCAGUUUUCACUUCUCUUUUUUAAUGUUGAUUUCUAAUAGGUGAUUUAUCCUUUUGUUUCCCCUCAACUUUCUCUUUUUCUUCUCCACCUCAGAAGGAACCCUGACAAGCUUCUAGCAAUACCUUGUUAGAGUUGCUGUUGGAGUGAGGGUUGCUCUUGGACACAGAAAAUACUUUCAGGGAAGAACUGAUUUGCUGAAUGGUGAAAAAGUAUAAGCAAGUAGGAAGGAUGUAGCCGAAGUAUGGAGUAUGGAGUUCAUUUCUACUCUCCUUUAUUGACUCCAUUAUUUGGGUUGAGAGAGGCAAGGCCAGUGCAAAGCCCAUUUAUGAAGGCAAGCACACCAUGUGGGUUACAGCCGUAGUGUGAGUGGCUAUUUGCUCUCAGUGUUUUUAUAGCCAGUGACGGCCUUGAAGUCUUUGACUAGGAAUGAACAAGGAUGCUGUCAGUGCUGAAGCUGUUGCAUCCGUUCAGACAGAAGCAAGUGGCCUCUUUUGCACUGAAUUCCUAUCAGUUUAGUCAGGGUCACUCUGCCUCUUCUCUUCUUUUGAUUUUUGUUAUGUGUUCAGUUGGCACAGCAUAGACUCAGGAUUGAUUUGGAAAACAAAUGUUUUUCCUAGACUCCGGGGAUUCUGAAAAUGAGAACAUAUGUUCUACAGGUAUUACUGGACUCUAAAUAAGAGCCAUGUCAAGAGAAAAACAAUUUCAGCCAAAAUACACUCAUCCUUUGGGCCACAUGUUGGUCCCAGUUAAAUGAAGAGAAUAAGUCAAGGAAAUUUUGUGAGAUGUAGACCUGAGGAACUAAAGUCUUGACUCAGUAAAUUGUUCAAGCAUACGCUUAUGCUAAUCCCAGCAAAAGUUAUCUUCAGCAUGUGCUAGACUCCCAUUGAUGCACCCAACACAUGCAUAAAGUUAAGCAUGCGCGUAAGAGUUUCGCUGAACAAGGUGUCCUAUUGAUUUGAGACCUGAAAGCAAAGUCUAGUAAAUGAAGCUGUUUAUUUGGAUGAUGAAAAUCCCUGAGUUGCUCACUGUAUAAAUCAACCACAUCACAUUAGUAAGAACAUGGAUGAGUCUACCUGACCACCAGAUUCAGCAGGAAAAGAACAAAAAAAACAUAAUACAAGAUGAAGAUGAUGACAAGGUUGUACACGAGAAUGUUGGUGGUAGAAGCAAAAGGCUAGGAAUCUAGCACAGCUUUGGGCUACGUGGUGGCUGAAAUAGCACUGCUUAUUUGAGAAGUCUAUGGGAGAUGGCAAAGUUUGUCAAAUACAUACUGUCUGGACUUAAGUCCCCUUUGCCAUUUUUUCCCUAGCUGGCAUGUACUUGAACAUACUUUGCCUUUGCAGACCAAAACAAAACCUCUCUGCAAAUUCUAGAUACCAUACACUCAUUUUCAUCCCUUUAGUCAUGCCUAUUUAUCUGCAAUCCCGUGCAGCAGAACAUCCACCUCCCCAGUAACUCUGCAACUCAGUAGUACAGAGUGCCAGGUGCGCUUUCCUGAUGCAGACCACCAGUUUCCAAAGGAUUUGCACCGUUGAGUUUCCAGAGGCACUUGAAAAUCUGUCCUUUCAGUAAGGUGUCUGAUACUGCAAAGAUCUUACAGGACAGACAAGACAGAAAAAGGGUGGCAGAGGAACAAGAAAUUUGCCCCAGAAUCGCCCGUCUUAGUAGCAGAAUAGAGAUUAUAACACAGGUCUUCUGUUAUCUCCUCCAGUACAGACCGCCCCCAAGGCCAGCUCUCAUUGAAGUGUCUGUGAUAGCCCAGACAGAUUAAUCAAGAUGGAAAGAGAACUUGCUUUGAAGUGGAGUAAAUAAUUUGGCUUAUAACACUGAUUAUAGAGGGCCAGUAUAAAACUGGAGCAAUGGCAUGCUUGGGAGCUGUAUAUGUGAUAUUUAUUCAGUGUAGGUCUAAGGGAAAAUGUCACACCUUUUCUGUUGCAGUGCCUCGAAGUGAAAGUGGUAUGCAGUCCCUGCUCCUCCUUCCCCUGGUACAUAUAGUAGUGUGUUUUAGGGUAAGCAUGAAAUUAGGCUGGGGUCUUCACAUGGACCUAAGAACAAGAAAAUACAAUUGGGGAUAUGGCUGCCUAAGCCCUUAGGUCUUUGGGGAGAACCCAGCCUUUCAGCACAAUUCAUGCAACAGCGAGUUAUGGGAGUUGCCCUGGCUUGGCACUCACAGAAGCAGGAGCAGGAUGUAGCCCCUCACCUGUGGACUUGCUUUUAGCGCAAGGGUGCUUUCUGUCAGUCAAGUCCACACCCUGAAGUUAGCAAGUCUACAUGGCCACAGGUUCUGCUGGCAGGCUGCAGCCAGCUCCUGCUGGCCAAGGGGCUGGAGACUGCAGCAGCAUGGAGCAGAGCCAGCAAGUGCCUACGGGAAAGGCCAGCUCCCCUGUUGGGGAUAUUCGCUUCAUUACCCAGACCUCUGAGCUAGGCAGUCCCAACACCCUUGGGCCAUGACUGUGUAACCCAUGCCAACUUUUGUCUGAAAGUCAUGGCAAGGAGAAACAUACUUUGAAGAGGAGGGAAAUAUUCCAGUGAUGGAAGAGUUGUUCAGAUUGUCCUGGUUUCUUUCCAUGUCAUUUACCUUGAGCCAUGAGUUUUCUCUGUGUAUGUGUUUAUAUGCAGGAAUUAUUCCAGGGUAAAAGGCUUCCUUCAGGGGUGUAUAGCUGGAAUACGUUGUGCACAACCUGGUACAGCUUGCCUGUUCAGCUGGUGUAAAUCAUUACAGCUCCACAGAGGUUCUCAUGUAACAGAGAAAAAUCUACUCCCUUCUCUUGGCCCAGCUAUUCCCUUCCUCACUUGAGCCACCCCAAUACCCCCAGGUUUAAGAGAUCAAUCACUGCCUUUAUCAGGGAAACAGGAAAGCUCUCUUUCCAGUCCUCAAAAACAACGCUACAUCUCCCUGCUUCUCUCACACACAUUGCAAGCAGUUUCCUGAGCAUCCAGGAUAGCAAACUUGUGUCCCUUCAAAGGACACACUUCUCAGCCUGUUGAGCACUUCUUGGCCCUGCAGUGUGGCUACUUAGGAUCAGCUGGGACUUACUUCUAGUAAGAAACAAAAAAAGCACCUAUGAAAUGCUGCAGAGAAGGGCAGACAAAGAACAUGGCCAAUUAUCAUCAUUUGUAAUUCUCUAUUCUAUUGUAAAUACAUCUUGUACAUACUUGGAUGUUUUCAUCAUUUACUGUCUUUAUGGAUUAUGUGUUAAAUCAGACUUUCUUAGUUUAUUGUGUAACACUGUAAAUAACAUAACAUCCUUUAUUAUUUAUACAUAGGCAUCUAACAUGCGGAGAAAGUUAUCCUCAUAUUAUUUUAAGAUAUAUGUCAAAAAUAUGUUGCAUUUUUCUUUUUGCUUUGAAAAAAAUUGUAAUAUAUCCUCUUUUUCCCCUCUUUUCCUUUAAAAGAAAAAUGAAUGCUAAUUUAUUGUUCAGGAGAGAAAGGGGAUGUAACUGAAAGGCAAACUGUUCAAAGAACAUGCUAUGGAAGCCACAAGCUACUGAUAAACUAAAGAAUUUAUUAUCCCAAAUACAGCAAUAAGUAAUUGUUGAUUUA